AUGUCAGAUCAACCUUUGAAAAUAAUUGCGACUUGUGCGAGCCGUGAUCCUCUCGCAUCACAGAUCACCACACGAUCCGUAUGGCAUAGCCAACCGACCACUUUGACUGGUUGUUACACCACUCAAAACCUGGUUGCUCUAGCCUUGGGAUGCAAGGAUGGCUCGAUAUUCACUUUCACAUCCUCUGCAGCUCAAGUUCUACUCGACUCUAAACAGCCACCAUCUAUUCAGGUCCCGUCAGAUUCAGAAAUUGCCAGCGCGCGAAAACGGGCUCCAAUGUCAGCUCCUCAUCCUGGAGCGACUUCACCUGGGCCAACGUACAGGCCGCUUUCCCCUUCUGCCGCAUCUAUGUCAGCAUUUUCAAACAAAAGCGGAAGUGGCACCCAUACGCCAAACCCUUUGGCUAUCCCCAGCCGAGCUCGUAUCACUCAGCCAGGAAUAUCUCGAGCUUCGAUCGAGGCCCCCAAGGCUCGCGUGGAGGUUGGUGACGAACAGGAGAAACUUCGCACCAUGCUCGCUAGAGGGUCAACAGCUGGAGGAUCAAAUAAGGGUAGGCGUGUGAGCCUAGGCAGCCUGGAGAGUUUUGAGGGAAAGGACAGGGUUGAACGAAAGUCCGGCGAGGUGCCGCGUGGGCCGAUGAGCCUAGCGAGAAGUGUGGUGGAUAUUGCACUUGGAGGGCUGGGCACGAAGGCGUCUGCGACAUCCGGCUCAGCACCUAUUCUUGCUCCUACUGAUGACGAGAGUGACGAUGACACAACGUCGGUAAUCAGCCCCUCUGUAUCCGAAGCGACCUUGGCCACCUCAGCUGCUGUGAAAGCUGGGCUCGACCUGGGCUCCCUGAAACUCCAGUUGAGAAGUCAUAUUUUACCUGCACAUGGUGGUUAUGGAGAAGCUGUGACUGGGCUAAAGGCGAUCAGCGACCAAGAUCUGUACGUUUGUCUCCAAGCCAGUGGCACGUUGAGCCUGCUCUCGUUAAAUGAUGGAUGCUGUCUUGCAUCUAUUCAUGCUGACGACCUUCCACGACUCAAUCCGCCCCAAGAUUACAAGGAGGCAGACUCAGUAGCUGGUUCAUGGGAAUGGGUUAACAUGUCGCUUGUCCCAUAUAUAGAGUCGGUUGUUGUGAUUAUUGUAGCCAGGCCACACCCAAAUUUUAUAACCACAAGGUCAACUCGCUCCCGUGUCGCGAUGUAUAAAAUCCCAGAGUUCAAUCCCGAAACAGUUCCUGACACUUCUGUCGCUCUGGAGAAAGUGGGGGAGUGGUUUCUUGAAGCAGAUGCUCUAACAGUUGGAUUCGUGACUGGCCAUACCGGGAUAAUGUUGGCGUAUGUAAACAACGAUGGGCACGUGGUAAUAUCACCGUUGAAUAUGCUUCCUCCACCCCCAGAGGACGAUAUCAGGAAGCCGGAAGAGUACACACAACCUGUCGUCCCUUCGCUCGGGAUGAUACCGAUACCAAACCCAUUUAAGACACUCAAACCACGUGAAACCACUCAGUUGCAUUUAAAACCGCAGUAUCGAGACGGGAGAUUGCUUGUAGGGGCUGAAAGGAAUUUAGGAAUGUGUUUAGACUGGUCCAAAGUAGAUGAGGUUGGCGAAGAAAUCUUGGGAAUGAGGGUUUAUGCGCAGGCGCUUAUCGGGAGCGAUGUUCUCAUCGUGCUAUGGACUUCGGAAAGAGUUUUGGUAUACAACGUGGGCGACCGCCAGACUGAAGUUCGAAGAUUGGGCGAAUACCUAUCUGGGGACACCAUGGAUGUGCAUAUUUCUUCAAACAGAGAGUUCAUUCUUGUUAGACAAAGCGGUUUAGAAACGUAUAAAAUUCGCAAAACUGACACAAACGGGGACCCCUCGUCCGUUUUUAAGGAAGUUGCCUACUACUGUGAUAAAACAACUGGGCCUGCCUUCCGGUCACAAUUGCAAUCGGCAGUUAUAGUUUCCUUGAUGGGGCAGUUUUAUACUGUGAUCGCUGGAACAUCCCCCGAAUCAGGCUUGACUAUCGGCCUCCAACAGCUAUCCAAGGAUAGCAAGCUAAAUGAAAACAUAUGGUGCUCGCAGGCAAACAGCGGACAAAGAUGCAUUGAGACAACAGCCGUCCUUCCGAUCGACAUCGAUUCCAUAUUUGUAGCACGAUCAAAUGGCCAGUUGUACCGCAGCACAUUUUCAGAAUUCUUGUCAGACCCUGGUCUGGAGCCCAAUAAAGAUAUAUUAAGUCCCAAGGCAACACGAUUGUGGUCUGUCACAGAAGAAUGGAGUAAAACCGUGUAUCUAUUAGGUGCAUUAAAUGAUGGUGGAAUCGCAUGUUGGGAUUCUCGAAACCUCAAGCUGGUGGCACGCUGGACCAUUUUUAAUACUGAGCUAGAAACAGUGAUUAACCUCAGCUUGGGAGAUGACCGCCUAGGUAAGCUGAAAGGGUCCCUUAUGGCCGUGGCCGCGGAUGGGACAAUUGCGGUAAUUGUGCUCGAUAGCAUGCACCUGCGGGAUAAUCUAUUGCUCUUCUACUCGCAUGGGCUCGCACGAUUGUGGGAUAUGAAAACACAUGAAUUUUGGCGUUCGAUGCAGCAAAACAAAGGCGAGGAAUUGCUUGAUCAAGGGGGUUGGUUUGAAGUACCGGUCGGACGAUGGGAAGCACCGAGAUCUUUUCAUAUCCUUGGUGCACUACAGAAUAACAUAUCAUCGCCAGAUGCGUCUGCGACCCUCAUGGUUGAUGUGUCUUCGCUCUCAGACCUGGCUGGAAAACAUCCUACAAUAGGGCAACCCCAAGAACGAAAGCCGGACAUUGUGCGCAAACAAAUCUCACAAAUUAUAGCAGCCAUAGCUCCUUGUGGAAUGGACGAUGAUGUAGACAAGUCGUGCGAAGGUGCAUUUCGUACAUGUAAUGUGGGCAAGGUCUCAUGGGGUCUGAUCAGCGAGAGAUUUGGAGUUAGUUCAAUCAUAGUAUCCGAUGACGCGGCAGGAGUCUGGAAAGUCUCACCGCGAUACACUGCAUUAAGGCUGCUGAGUGUGGUUACGCUAUUAAGGACUGCCGCAUCAUUCGAAGAACAUGAGCAAGACGUUAGCAGAAUACUCGCGUUUUAUGUUGGCUGCCUGGCAAAUGCAGUUGGACCGGAAUUUCAGCCCCCCUCCCUGAGCGUGCUUGCUACAUUCUGGGUUAGUAGCUCUGAUGAAGUUCGACAAGCUGCUAGGUUGCUUUUCGAGUCCAGGCUAUCUCAGAUGGAGGAGGCAGAGGUUGUCCAAUGUGUUACAUUCUGGCGUGAACACCCUGUUCAAGCGCUCGUAGUUUGUGCAGUCAUUGCCGCAAGUAGACAUUCGUUGUUGCCAACAGUUUACGUGAAAGACAUCGCCAAGUCUAUUGCGUUGUAUUUGCACGAUGAACUCGAAGCAUCUACCUCGCCGGUGAAUCGUAUCCUUUCCAUUGAAUUAUCUUCACGUGGUUUUCAAGUGUGGCAGCAUCACAUCGAUGCGAUGGAAAUGCUUCGUGCAUUAUUUGGUUUCGCCAUGUUGCCUUCCGGAGGGGGCAAAAAUGUGGGAGGGAAAGAAGCACGAGCAGCAGUCUUGCAGAUUGCAGCUAGCAGUACGCCCCUGUUCAUGACUACAUUGUCAUUAGAUAUUACCCAACCUAAGUCGACGGAGCAUCGACGUGCAACUAUGCAGCUGGUUGCAUUCAUUGUUCGCAAGAAACCAUUGGUGCUAUAUCCGAACCUACCUCGUUUAGUCGAGGCAGUUGUUAAAUCACUUGACCCAAACUCGACCGCCGCAAGAGAUGCCAUUGUAGACGCCGCGACAGAGAUUCUGGCCGAGGUCGUGCGCAUUUAUCCAAGUGUUGACUUUCAUACUGCCACUCAAAAACUUGCGGUUGGAACACCAGAAGGCGCGGUGAUCGUCUACGAUCUUAAAACCGCAACCCGGCUCUACGUCUUAGAGGGACAUUCUCGCCGCUUGACUGUUUUGAGCUUCUCACCCGAUGGCCGGCGACUAGCCACGGCCAGUCUAGAAGAAAGUGUCGUAAUGGUCUGGAAGGUGGGAGCUAGUUUCACGAGCUGGUUCGCACCAGGGGUUCCCCCUCGUCAGGGACACGGUCAUGGGGAGCCAUUCAAGCGACUAGAUUUCAACGUGGGUGAUGAGGCAUAUAUGACGAUUGCGGCAACACUCGAAUGGGUUAACUUUACAUGGCCUACUGAUCGAACGGCGCGGCUGAGCAUCCGAGACAGCAUGCUCACAUUCAAUUGCUGA